UAGCCCCCGCGCGCCGUCUCUAUGCCCCGCCGCGUCUCGUCUAUUUAUUGUCGCGGGGAAGCGGCGGCCGCCGGGGACCCGGAACAACAAAGCGCGGAGCCCGCAGCUCGAGCCGCGGGGGCUCCUAGCAACGGGCCGGGCGGGAGUUCCAUGGAGACUGGGGAGCGCGCCCGCCUCAUCAUCAUCCUCGUCCUCCAGCUUCUCCUUCGCGUCCGCCGCAACCGGCAGCAGCGCUGCCGCCGCGUCCUCUGCCGCCGCCCCCUCUUCCCACGGAUGUGAUCUUCGUGGUGGGAAACCGAGUUUUCCAGCUACCCCAAUGGAUGCAGACAGUGAUGUUGCAUUGGACAUUCUAAUUACAAACGUAGUGUGUGUCUUUAGAACAAGAUGCCAUUUGAACUUAAGGAAGAUCGCUUUGGAGGGGGCAAAUGUAAUUUAUAAGCGUGAUGUUGGAAAAGUAUUAAUGAAGCUUAGAAAACCUAGAAUUACAGCCACAAUUUGGUCCUCAGGAAAAAUUAUUUGCACUGGAGCAACAAGUGAGGAAGAAGCGAAGUUCGGCGCCCGGCGGCUGGCGCGCAGCCUGCAGAAACUGGGCUUCCAGGUAAUAUUUACAGAUUUUAAGGUUGUUAACGUUUUGGCGGUAUGUAACAUGCCGUUUGAAAUCCGUUUGCCAGAAUUCACAAAGAACAAUAGACCUCAUGCCAGUUACGAACCUGAACUUCAUCCUGCUGUGUGCUAUCGGAUAAAAUCUCUAAGAGCUACGUUACAGAUUUUUUCAACAGGAAGUAUCACAGUCACAGGCCCAAACGUCAAGGCUGUGGCUACUGCUGUGGAACAGAUUUACCCGUUCGUGUUUGAAAGCAGGAAAGAAAUUUUGUAACUCGUCACUUAAUUGGUUAGAAUCCCUAACUGAGCACCUUUUAAAACCUGCUGCACAUUGGACUCAAAACAGAAGGAGAACUGGACCAAGAGUAACUGAGGAAAGACUCUGAAGACCGCCAUCGUUCACAGCUACAGUGUAAGCUCCGCCCGGUGGAUCUUAGCUCAGACCUUGCUGUAAUGUAAAAGGAAGUUUACAAGACGUGACGUUGCUGCUUUUACACGAGGACGUUCUAUUUAUUUUCGCAGGAAUUCUCAUGUCCCCAUAGCAGAGCUGUCACAGUGUGCACUACCUUCGUUGUUUCGUUGUUGUCGUUAUUUUUUCCCAGUUUGAGCUCAUGUGUUUUAUUUGUGAAUAGCCUUUUACAUUUUUGUAUGCUGAAUAUGGGCACCAAAGAACCUGUAAAAGUUACCUUUUCAAUUGAAUGUGCACAAAUAAAAGUUUGGAAAAGA